CUCGAGCCAUGAAGUGCGGAGGGCCCUUCGGGCUGCUCCUUGCCAUGGCGCUCAGCGUGCCGUCGGCACAACUCUUCAUUCUGCCCGGGAUGGCUCCGAUGAUCGGCGGGGAGAAGCCGGCGCAGUCUUCCGACGAGGGCGCCGACACCGCCAUAGCUAUCAGCAUCAAUAAGACCAACACGGGCGGAUCCGGCAGCACCACGCCGCCGCUGGUGAUCGACGUGGACUUGCAAGACACAACCAGCGCCACGACCGUCGCCACCCAGGCGGAGGUGGAUGCGGCGGCUGGGGCGGCGGCCGGCACCGAAUCCGACAUAGGCACCGACAUCGACACCGACACCGACACCGACACCGACGAUAACACCCCGGCCCCGCACCCGGUUAAGAUCGAGAUCGAGAUGGAAGACGUGGCGGGCAACGACAGCGCGGCGGCCGAACAGGCCGGGCAGGCGCCCGAUCACGAUUGGCACCCCUACCGCAUCAAAAUCAGCGACAGCGGCGCGGCCGACACCACCUUGCCGCCGGAGACCGCGACGCCGGAGACCGAGCCCCCGGAGACCGAGCCCCCGGAGACCGAGCCGUCGGAGACCGAGCCGCCAGAGACCGAGUCGCCGUCGCCACAGCACGCCGUCGAGGAGGAGGAUGUGGUAGUGGAGGUGACGCCGAGUACGGGGCAGAUUUCGGUGAAUCUCGGCAAUAGCACCACGAUGGUCAACAUCACCACCAACACCAACACCACCACCGCCACCACCACCACCACCACCACCACCACCACCCUCCCCCCCGUCGCCGUCUCUCCGCCGCUGGUGAUAGUGAAGACGGUGACGGCGCACGGCGAGGCCACCAUCAACAACACCACCCAAAAGAGCAGCACCAACCAAACCACCGAGCGGAAGGAGCCCCAUAUCGUCAUCGAGUUGGCGGACACCCCGGAGCCGGUCCAUCAUGAAAUGGAGCCGGUCCGUCAGGAAAUGAAGUUGGGCCGCAGCGAACAGCAAGUUGGCAGCCCGCCGAAAAAGCAGAAGAAAGAGCAGCCCAAAGAUAUGGAAGGAGCAGAGCCCGAGAAACCCAAACCAGAAACCGCUCCCAAGAAGCCCAAGAAUAACAGCGUGUACAAGAAGGCCAAGAAGGAGGCCCUGAUCGACCAGGAGGUGAAAGUGGACGAUGAAGGGGAGGAUCAGGAACAAAGCACUUUGUUGCCACUUCCCUUCACCGAAGUUCCUGCUAACCAUACCGAGACCCCACAGGUUUACCUUCUGAUUAAAGAAGUUGAUCUGAACCCACACGUAUCCCAGAUGGAGACGGAGGUUCCGGUGGCGAUUCAUAUUAUUACCGCUGAUACAACCACGGGCGCCCAAACCACUGACACCCAAACCACGGGUAACCAGACCAUGGGCAACCAGACUACGGGCAACCAGACUACGGGCAACCAGACUACGGGCAACCAAACCACAAACAUCCAAAGCACGAGCACACAAAGCAUGAGUACCCAAAACACAAGUACCCAAAGUACGAGCACCCAAACCACGGGCACCACCGUCAGUUCUAUAGAGCCUGGAGAAAUUGAAACAAUCAUUGACAUCGACAACAAAGUCAUAAGCAUCCACGAUAAACCUGACAAGGCUGAAAAAGAUGAGAAAAAUGAGAAAAAGACAAAUCAAGAACCAGAAUUCAAGGAAGCGUACUUUGACCAACUUAUCGAUCAUUUUCGUUUUAAUAACCAUCAAAAAACUUAUCGUCAGCGCUACCUUAUUACAGAUCAAUUCUGGCACAAAGGCAUUGGGCCAAUAUUCCUGUACACUGGAAAUGAAGGUGAUGUAUGGGACUUUGCUAAUAGCUCCAAGUUCAUCACUGAACUAGCCACAGAGCAGCAAGCUCUCGUCAUUUUUGCUGAACAUCGAUAUUAUGGCAGAUCUCUUCCUUUUGGCAAGAAAUCAUACGACAGAGCAAACAUUGAAUUUUUGACAGUGGAACAAGCUGUGGCAGAUUUUGUCGUACUUGUUACAAAACUGAAAGCGGAUCUUGAUGCUGAAAACUGCCCUGUAAUUGCAUUUGGUGGCAGCUAUGGAGGAAUGUUAAGUGCGUACAUAAGAAUUAAAUAUCCUAAUAUUGUGCAAGGUGCUCUGGCAUCAAGUGCACCUGUGGUGUCUGCUGCUAACAUAGGAGAUAACCGGCAGUUUUUUCAUGAUGUGACUAAAGAUUUUGAGCGUAAUUCACCUGAUUGUGUUUCAAAAAUCCGACAAGCUUUCCAGGAGGUAGAAAAGUAUGCACAGCAACAAGCAUGGACCAAAAUGGCCAAUAAACUAUCUCUGUGUAAGCCAUUGAAAUCCAAAAAAGAACUUGAUCAACUAUAUAGAUGGGCUCGAAAUGCUUUUACAUAUUUAGCAAUGUUCAACUAUCCAUACAAAACUGAAUUGGGAUUACAUUUCCCAGCAAACCCAGUGGAUGUUGCGUGCCACUAUAUUCUGAAGAAGAAUGAUUAUGUUGCAGGCCUACUAUCUAUAUUAGGUAUUUUUUAUAAUUCCACGGGGUCAAAAAAAUGCUUUGAUAUCUAUUCUGAGUUUCAACACUGUGCUGAUCCGACAGGUUGUGGCUUGGGCACUGCAAGUCAAGCAUGGGAUUUCCAGGUUUGCACAGAGAUAAACCUGCUGUAUGAAACCAACAACGAGACCGAUAUGUUCCCAGUACUUCGCUUUACUGAAGACAUGAGGAGAAAUUAUUGUCACAAUAAAUGGGGUGUCUACCCCAAUCCACAAUGGUUAAAGAUCCAAUACUGGGGAGAUGAUUUCAAAGCAGCAAGUAAUAUAAUAUUUUCUAAUGGUGAAUUGGAUCCAUGGGCAAAUGGUGGUAUUCUCAAAAACAUGACUCCCACUGUGGUUGCUUAUAUUAUAGAGGGAGGAGCACAUCAUCUCGACCUGCGAGGAUCUAAUCCAGCUGAUCCACAGUCAGUUACUACAAUUCGUAAAAGAGAAUCAAGUAUCAUCAAGGAAUGGGUGAAAAACUAUAAGCGUCCUUCUGUUUGACAAGUUGGAUAUGAGAAAUGACAACAUUAAA